UGGUACCUUUUAAUACAGGCCAACGUGCUUAGUACCUACAUGGAUAUUACAUAGGAGUAUUUGCCGCUAUGAAGCAGAAUCACUAAGUAGCGUAGAAUGUCUUACAUUGUUUACGUCAAUGGCUCCAACCUUCUGCAAGAAGCCGUGCAACCUACUAUCUGCGUAGAUAAAAAAGGAAUCAACGCUGUGGUUGGACAAUGAAAGAGUGCCUGAGGCCGUAACAAACGGUCGCAGCGGUCGAGGCCGCCGGCGUGGCGCAAUCGCUUUUCCAACGUCGACCAACUGUCUCAUAAGACAGCCAAUUACCCCUCCCUCUUCGAAGCAGUCUAUUUCUUGUUCUUCCAUCCUUUCAGCUUCAUAACUUCAACAAGAAACCUGCAGCUGGCUUCUUAUUAAAUAAAUAUCAAGAUGGCAUCUGCGUUUGAUCCGAUUGAUCUCAACACAGAAAGUUCGACAACAGCAGGUGACCUAACGCCACCCCCUUCAGAGGAUCCCUCAGAGGAUCCACUACCCGACUACGACUACUACUCUUCGACCUUUACUCGUAAGGAGACAGUACCGUGCCCAGGCAAUACAUAUAUAAUCCGUGACCCUACCACGAGACGACAGAUCACCCUCGAAGGAGGAGAGCUCUGUCUCAAGCAUUCUACAGGCGAGCAAGGCGGAUACCACUGGGUCUGCAUUGAGAACGACGGGUGGCUUGGGUUUUAUGAUCCUAUACAUGGCAUGUACAUGGGUCGCGAUAACAAAGGUGGCUAUAUGGCCAAAGUCAAGAAGCACAGAGGCUGGGAACGCUUCUGUGCGAGAAGGCAUCCAGACGGUGGCUACCUCCUCUUGUCGCAACACUGGGACGCUUUGAUGAAGAUGGAAGCCAACAAAAGUGGAACUAGAUUAGUUGAAAUAUCUGGCAAGGGUAGGGGGACCGCAUGGGAGUUUGUGCAAGUCUAUUAAGUUGCGAAACGGCACUAUCUUGUCGCUUGGAUCUCUUUGCGCAAGUCGGCCUCCUGAUACAUUACCUAGGUACCUAUUAAUUGCCGAGGCCAACUUAUCUGUAGUAAGAUAUUUCCUUAACUGGUGGAAGUCUUCUGUCGGGGUUUAGAUCGAAGAAUGCAGAACUGAAAAUCCGAUCAAUAAGUUUCAUGCGCAGGAUUAGGUGCUCAAUGCGUGUCUGGCCAGCCUGAGCCACAAAUUGUAUCAAGAAUCCCCAUUUGAUCACACUCUAUUCACUCAAUCAUGCUUCUUUCUAUCGUUCCAUCCCUUCACUUAGAGAAACGGCUGCAUCAAGACACUUGGUAUUGCCCUUCUUAUCCGAAUUCAUGAUGAAGAUAACGAGUAGGAGCUUAUGUCCGACGAGUUGGCGUUAUUAACAACCGGGGAAUAGGAUAUUUAGUGACUCGAGCAAUGACACAGGGUUAGGAAAACAAAGCCCCAUGACAUAAGAAUGUUCUCAUUCUGGAUUCAAGUCGGGUCAGGAGCUUUAAACGUUCAUAACGGGUUCCUUUACAAGUCAUGCCCUGAACAACUAUAGCAUGAAUCAUAAUUUAAGAACCUUGCCGUCGCAAA